AUGAAGAGCGUUUAUGUCAAGAACCUGGAGCUAUUUGAGCAGGAGGAUUUUUUCGGUAAGGAGGUGCCCGUGAACAGGAAUGAGCCAGUUGAAUCCAACAUCUCUCGCUCUCGUGAAGCGUCGCAAACUCCAACCAACAAACGCGGGCCCUAUAUGACAUCAGCCAUGAAGCAGCAGCUAGCAAUGCAACAACAGCAACAAAUGCAACAGCAGCAGCAGCAACAACAGCAAAUGCAGCAUCAGAUGCAACAGCAGCCGAUACCUCCCCAGCCCAUCCCCCACCCCAUGCCAACAGGACCUCAAGGAGCACCAUCAGCAGCGAUUCCUGCACCACCCUUGAGGCCCUCCAAUUUCCUGGAAGGAUACUACGUCGAAGGAGGUCAUCAGAACAGAAUCCUUCUUGCUCUCAAAUCAGAACUGCCAAACGAGAUUGAUUGGGCAUUCAGUCGACUUAUCUCUCUGUCAUAUGAAUGGAAUGAAUUCUCGCUCAACAUGAUUCCAGGAUUGCUCAACGAGCUCCUGUCGUUUGCUCAGCCCUUUUUCGACUGGUGGUCAUCGCUUGAGUCAAAGGAACAGGAGGAGCUCGUGGACGAGGAUCUAUUGAGCAUGAGUGAGACCCACAACAUGGAGCGUAUUUUGCAGGUCUUUCAUAUUCUCCGCAACCUUUCGUUCCUGGAUCACAACACCGUUAUAUUGACUGAGCACGCCAAAUUCCGCAGAAUGCUUCAACAGGGGCUGUCUAUGCCUCCAUCAACUCAGCUGAACGAGCUGCGGAUUUAUUGUUUGGACACACUGGAAUGCCUCAGUAUUCACAUCACUCUGCGCUCGAAAUUCGAUAUAUACCUGCGGGAACUGCACAGGUUGCUGCUGACGAACGACAAGGCUAUGAUCCUGGGAAGUCUCCGGGCGUUGACUCGGUUGGCGGCUAACGAACAUAACGAAAAAAUUCUGAGCGACAUUGACCCAGAGAUCAUCGAGAGGAUAUCACAGCUAUUGCUCAUUCAGGAUGAAGAGCUUAUUGGAGCUACACUUGACUAUCUCUACCAGUUCUCAAGUUUCCAUGGCGAUGCCGCUGUGCAGAUCGCAAAGAAUUUCCCAGGAAACAUUGUCUCCGUCUUGGUGCAGUUCCUAUCCUGGGGCAGCCCCAAGACCAUGCCUCCACCUGUCACAGUGGACCCGGCACAACAGAUUCUCCAUGAGCCAUAUCGUGCCUUGCAUUGGCUGCAAUCCAAUUUUGAAAGCAAUUCUCAGGCCUAUAUAUUCGAAUCAGAACUCUUCAAGCUGUAUCAGACGAAAUUCCUUGCCCAUGGACCAAUGCUGAGAUCGGCGGAUCUGGUUACAGUGUCGAGGGUUGGCUUCCCAAAGAUGGAGACGAGCUUCGUGCAAGAGGCAGAAGGUGUGCCGCCAGUCCAAGUCAUCAAAGGAAUCGCCAAGAAACACUGGGUCGACUUUAGUGGUGCCGAUGACAGAAUUAUCUGUAGAUGGAUUGGAUGCCAAGCUGUCGUCCCGACAGAGGCGGAGUUGUUCAAGCAUGCAGUUCAGGAACAUAUCUCUCCUGGAAUGGGCCUUUACACUUGCCAAUGGCUGAGCUGUAGACGCUUUACAACCCCGACUCAUGAUCGCCAAAAGGUGAUCAAGCAUCUCAAAACUCACUUCCCGCUCACACCUUCGGUCAAGCCGUUUUCGAACCGGCCUCGUUGGUUCGAUAUGCGUCCUAAUGUUCUGGAAGUACCUGGUCGGGAGCUGGCGGGCAUUCCUCUGACGGCUGUCUUUGUGCUCAGGAACCUUUCAAGACAGAAACGGAAUCAGAAGCUGUUCUUGCCAUACGAAGAAAGUCUGGCGAGGAUUAUGGGCGAGUUUCCGAGGAUGGCGGCCUUUAUUGUCGAUAUCUUGACGUUCCUGAGGGUCGGCUAA